GGUGCGUUCAAAGGAAUAUCAGCUUUGAUAUUGCAGUGCCUGAGCUUUGGGAACUUUGUGCUUUUGGUGAUCUGUCGAGUACAUUCUGGUCUCCAUAGGUUGCUUGCUGUGGUGUGAAUUAGAGGAACAGAGAGAGAACAAAGCGUGCUGGAAUGAACAACAAUACUUCCACUGUGCGGUUAGGAGGAUUAUCAGCGGAGCAUACAAUGGAUGGCAAGACGUCUACCACUGGCGAAGCCACUGAUUCGAUGGAGCCCUUGGACCCAGAAACAUGUCCAUAUGGGUGCUGUGAGGUCCAGGGUCUUCCAGAGUUCAUCUUGAACGAAGGGUUGUUUAAGGGAGCGUGCUCUGAUAUCACGCUGCGGGCGUUUGAUAGUGAAUACAAACUGCACAAGUUGAUCCUCAGUCAGAGCGGAUACUUCCAUUCCUUGUUCACAGGUCCAUGGAGCGAUACUGACGAGAGCGUGCACGAGCUUGUGUUUGACCACGAUUCGUUCAUCACUAAGGAGGCCUUCGACCUUGCUAUCGGCUCGCUAUACGGCGCCACCAGGGUGAAGGCGAACACCAGCACAACUCCCUUGAACGUCAUCGCUAUUGCCCAGUACCUGGACAUUCCCCACCUGGUGUGCAGUGCUACCGAUAUGGUGGUCAAUGCGAUGGAUUUCAAGACAGUGGCACAGUUCACCUCCUUUGCAUUACAUAACAACUAUGGUAAAGCCAGUGAACGCAUAGUGGACUGCGCAAAGGGGUUCUUAUGCUCCAACGGUUGGCAAAGCGGUGUAAAGAGCUGGGAUGGGAUCCCAGUCAAGGUGAUUGCAUCAGUGCUAGGUGCCGACUGCUUCUUUGUUCCCUCUGAAUGGGAUAGGGCCAUCUUCAUAAUCAGGCUGAUCCAGAGAAGGAAAAUGGUAUCUAAGUCAGAAGAGGACGAAGAGGAUGAUGAUUUGGAGGCUUUGUUCCAGACUUUGAACAACAAGGUGUACUACUGUCACCUGACAGCAGAACAGCUACAUAAACUUGAGGGAAUGGUGGAUGGUGAAGGUGAACCUUUUAUAUAUCCAGAAGUGCUGAGAAAUGCAUUAUGGCAAAAAGUGCACCUCCAAGGCAAAGUGGCCAGCGCAGACAAUAAGUCUCAAGAGCUAGGAUUGUCUGUUACGUCCGAUAUAGCUCCAGAUGGGGUGACGAGCUGGUUUAUUCCGUCAAAGAAUGAAACUCUGUACGGUACGCCAGCUGUAUUGGAAUCAACAAUCAAGGAAACACACCAAAUAAUUAAAAACUUACCCUCCGGGAAGACCACUGAGAAACAUACAAACGAUGGGGUCUCUUCGAGUGCAGAGUCUACAGCUGCAUCGGUCUCUGAAGUUCAAUAUCAAGUGACGAAAAUACCACCAUUCAGAUUCUCCAUUGCCUUCUCCGGAGUGUCAGAAUUAGAAGCAGAUAAGAGGGUAUAUGCUAAGACUCUGUGGUAUGCUGGUUCGUAUUGGAACCUCUACAUUCAAAAGAUUCGCCAUAGAAAGGGCUAUCAAAUGGGUGUCUAUAUCCACAGAGCCUCAAGCUGUGCACCAUCGCGUUCAGGACUGUUGAACAAAGACGUUCUGGACCCGUCGAUGCUGGUUAACAUUGAUGACCUAAACGAGUAUGACGGGGACUACCAUGAGAAAAUUGACAACAUUCUUGUUGAUCUGGCCAACGUUGGCAUCUCAAGAAAUGGUGCAGAGUCUUCAUCUUCGUUGACAUCGACAGUGAUCUCUGGCAGGUUAAGCACGGAUGGAGUUGAAACUGAAGAAGACAAUAUCAGAGAACGUGACACUGACUCGUCGUUUUUAAGCUACGAGGAUGAUCGUGUGAAGACCUCUGUUUACUACAUCAUCUAUACGCCAUCUCGCAAAGUGACAAGCUCUUUGACGUGUUUCAUAUCAACCCCAGACUUGUUCAACAAAUCCCAGAGUUGGGGCUGGAAGAGUAGCAGUAUGUGUGCGUUCAACGAAGAUGGGACCUUGGCGGAGGGUCAGGACAAACUAUUGAAAUUCAUGGUUGUUUUAGGUAACACUUGAGUUGAUUUACGUGAUAUUUGGUUUCUUUCAAUAAAUAUAUGUGAUGUCU